GUGGGGUGUAACCGUGUAAUGUUAUCAAGUAGUUUCAGAACGUUUCCGCACCCUUACUUAGCUUCGCCGCAGUCGCAGUUGCGAACAGCACCCGCUCUUGAACGCACGUCUCAACUACCGCUAGACGAACGUUCCAAUUUCAAAUAAGUUUUAUUUUUCAACGUGGUUCAAAGUUUUUUUUUAAAUUUUAUUUUUAAAAGUUUUAUUUGUUAGUUGCCAGUGCUGUGGUUUUUAAUGUUUUAAAAUUAAGCUGUUCUCUUGUUAAAGUGAAAGAUAGUUGGAAUACUAAUUUAUUAUAUUAAUUUAGUGAGGUCUGCUGUGGUAAACAGGCGUGCUCCGUAGCCCCGCCCCCCGCGCGUCCAGUCAAGAUGUUCGCCGUGAUGCAGAUAGACGAGGACCACAGCCGCGACUUCAGACGCAAGCUGCGUCCGAAGUGCGAGUUUGUGUGCAAGUACUGCCAGCGAAGGUUCACCAAGUCGUACAACCUGAUGAUCCACGAGAGGACCCACAAGAGCCCUGAAUUGAGCUACAGCUGUGAGGUGUGCGGGAAGAGCUUCAAGAGACAAGACAACCUGCGCCAGCAUAGAGAAAUACAUUACAAUCCAUCGAAAGAGACCAUGCACAUACGAUGGUGAUCCGGCAGGAAUACAGCCUACAACAUACAUUUAACAUGAGAUUGAGAACCACAAUCAACACGUGACUCUAUCUUGUAACAUUUAAGAUACACUAUUCAUUGCAUUUUCAGCCUCCUAGGUACAAUUUAAAGUCUGGCGUCUCUGCUGAGAUAGGUAUAAUUAAGCUGUUAUUUAACAGAUUAUAUAAAAUAAAUAACUGUUUCCAUAAAAUAUCAUUGGAGCAGAUAGCAGUAAUCGUGCUUAACUUUUAACCCAGCCAGGAAGAAAGGGCUAAGCAAUGUUUUGUUUGAACGGUUGAUCUUUUACUGUUUUUCAUCAGCCGUUUAGUAAUGUCCGUCCCAGUUCUGAAAUAAAAAUGGAGUAUAUUAAAAUGUAGUAACUAUAAUUAUUUCUAUAAGAAUUUCAAUUGUAGAGAUAUUUUGUGCUGCAUUCGUUUAAAAUGUUGUUUUUACAAUUAAUUUUUAUUUGAACUGAAUUAACAUUCAAUGUUCUGGUGAUUUGUAAAUAGUAUUUAUUAGGUUAAGUUGACUGUAGCAUUUAAAUGGCUUAGUUGCUUUUUAUUGUAAUGUAAAAAUAUUUAUAUAAUAUUUAAAAAUAUUAUUAAAAAGUAUUAGCUGCUAGAAGACCGGUGAUUAUGUAUGCUGAUACGUAAAAAAUCAAGGGUGUCUUUUCUUAUUUAUUAAUAACAAAAUUAUGUUUAGAAUUGAUAUGUAAUUCCAUUUAAUGCUUCUUGUAUAUUAUGAGUAUCGUUCCUAAUGUUUAUUUGUAUGUGUUUCUAAGGAAACCUACAACUAUGAAGUAUUACUGUACGCAUUUUUGUAAACGUAAAAAUAAUGAAUAACUUUCAACCUACCUAAUUGUUUUAAAACUCUGAUCUGGUAUAUCAUCCUAAUUAUAUAUUUAAUAAAUGCACUUUUAAAAAUUAAAUGAAAUCGUUACUUUGUAUUGAAUUUGUUUAAAGCUCCGUAUUUAUUACAUACUGUAUCUUCAAAAUAGCACGGAAAGUUUUUUGUACAGACUUUGCCAUAUUUCGAGCGAUUGCGAAAUAAUCUAGGUAAGGUUUGGAAUUGCUUGUCUUUGUACGUGAUAUACUUAUAUAUUAAUUAUAUAUGUACUGUCAUAUAAGACAAUAGUGCUAUUAUGUACUUGCUUAGAUAUUUUAAUUUACGCUAUAAAACUAAAAUAUUGUCAAACAUGGUUAGUAUGUAAAUUAUUGUGCCAAUAAUAAGAGAAUUUCAACAGAAUUAAAAUCUGUUGCGUCGCCAUAUUCUGACUGUAGUUGUAAAAUAUAUAUAAUAUUCACGAUUAUUUACUUAAAUAUUGUAUUCCAGUUCAUUGAGUAGGUCAAUGAAAAUAAAUGAUUUUACAUUGUA